AUGUUGAAGGCGCCAAUCAAGCAAACCGCCGGCGACACAAUCGCAACCCUGUCGUCGCGCCUGUCGUCGGCCACUCUCCUCGAAGACAGACGUGCUGCCAUCCUCGGCCUCCGCUCUUUCGCCAAACAAUAUCCCGCUUCGGUCGCCAGUGGUUCCCUCCGCGACUUGAUUGCUGUUCUCCGUACCGAUGGCCUUGGUCUGACAAAAGAUGGAGAGGGAGAUGUCGACACUGUGCGUCUGGUGCUCGAGACGCUUCUCAUGCUCUUCGAGCCCGACCGUGAGAGUCCCGAGGCCAGCGAGGACAUUGCCCUGUGGUUGGCCGAUGAGUUCAGUCAGCGUCAAGACAACAUCACCAUUCUACUAGACCUUCUCGACCAACCUGACUAUUACGCUCGCAUUUACUCUAUUCAACUCCUUACCGCCAUAUCGACCUCCAGACCUGAGAGAACUCAAGAGUGUAUCCUCCAAGCACCACUCGGAACUGCCAGACUGGUUGGUGUUCUAGAUGACGGAAGAGACGCUGUGCGAAAUGCUGCCCUGCUCCUGCUGGUCGAUCUGACCAAUGUCUCGCAAACAGAGCUGCAGAAGCUCAUUGCUUUCGAAGACGCUUUUCAACGCACUUUCAACCUCAUCCAGUCAGAGGGCGGUCUCUCAGAAGGUGGCAUAGUGGCCCAGGACUGUCUCUCCUUGCUUGCCAACCUCAUCCGUCACAGCCAUUCCAACCAGGCCUUGUUCCGCGAAUCCGGCUGUAUCCCACGCUUGCUCGAUUUGAUCAAGCAGGCUUCAACUCAGCCUGACGAUGAAAACGACUUCAGCCGUAGCAAUCGUGAGAAGAAUGCCUGGGGUCUGCUUGCUGUCUUACGCCUCUUCCUCGAGCGAGGUGAGCUGGGUACUAAGCAAAACCAAGAUGUCUUCUGGCGUAGCGGCGUGCUGCAGCUUGUCUUGACUCUGGCAUUCGAUGAGAGAGCCGCUCCUCACAUUCGCAUGAACGCCUUGAAGACGUGCGCUGAUGCCAUAAUCUUCAACGCUCCUUUACAGGAGGCUUUUGCUUCGUUCCAAGUACCUGUCACUGCACAAGCCCCUGCUCCUGUGAAUGGUGUCGCAGCCAAAGUUCAACCCAAAGUCAUGUAUGUUAUCGAGGCUUUGCUCAACCUCGUUCUUUCCGCCUCACCCUCUCGUACCCUUGACCUGCGGUCCGCCAGCUGUUCCCUCAUCAAGGCCUACUUCCAUGGUCACGAUCGAAUCAAGCUUCAUUUCCUUCAGCGAGCCAUUGCUGGAUAUACAGAGGGCGAGGAGGAGGACAUCAACAUUCUCAGCACACUUUUGAACGGCCCUCAGCUCGGUCCCGCCACUCCCGAUCCACCUCGCUUUGCUUUUGCUAGUGAUAUUACAUGCCAGCUUCUAUUCAACUUGCAAGAUGCCAAGUCUAUGCUCAUGAGCGUGUCUGAAGGCGAUGCUGACAAGGGUGAAGACGUUAUCACAGCCAUCCAAACUCUUUCUGGCCACCUUCUAUCAACCUUGCAAAACGACCUCGACCCUCAGAUUUCUAUCUCAUACCUGAACUUGCUCAUCACUUUCCUUUUCGACGACCCCGCAGCUGUUAACGACUGCCUAGCCGAAGGUUCUUCUCUCAUGGGUGUCUUGAUCGAUAACGCUCUUCUUACUGCAAAUUCACAAGUUGCUGCAGAUCCUAUCAAGUCUCUGUUACCUGGCCUGUCGGCUAUUUUGCUUGGAACGAUCUACGAGUUCAGUACCAAAGACAGCCCCAUCCCCCGACGAACACUGCAUCCUCUCUUGACCUCCAAACUUGGUCGACAAAAAUACUUCGACGCUCUGAUGCAGUUCCGUCAAAACCCCAUCAUUCGCGACUCGGAACUCCUUGCACCUGAGAUUGAGGGUGCUGCUAUCCUAUUUGGCGACGAGUUUGUUGACUGGUACAAGGAUGAGUACGGUCGUCUCAAGCGAGUAAUAGAUCGCGAGCCCGGCAUCGAGGUCGUCCGUCCUUCAGAUGUUGGCGUUGAUCGCGAUGUUCUGGAUGAUUUACGGGAGAAGAUCAAAGCUCGUGAUGAGAAACUACAACAAAUAGAGCAAGAUGACCUGGCCGCUAAGCAAAAGUCAGACCAGGCCGAAGCAGAGCACCGCCACCAAAUACAGAGUCUGCAAUCUUCGCAGCGAUCUAUGGAAGCCGAAGUUGAACGCGUCAAGCGUAUCAACGAAGCUCUGCAACGCGAUCAUGACGUUGAGCUCCAACGAGUAUCUGGUGAGCUACGCAGUCAACUUACACAAUUCCAACUCGAAAGCCGCAACAAUCUCCAAACACUUCGCGAUCAGCAUAAGCAGGAAUUGGAACGUUUGAAGGGACAACACGGUGCUACUCUAGCCAGCGAGCGCUCGCUAUGGGAAGACAAGGCCCGCAAGGCUACUGAACAAGCCACUCGCGACCAACGAGCCGCUGUCGACAAGGCUGCAGAAGAACAUCGUAAAACUACCGAGCAGACUGCAGAGGAGCAACGUAUUCGUACUGACCGAGUCGCUUCCGAGCACCGUAAAGCUCUUGAUGACCUCAACGCCACUAUUCAACAAAAGGACAAAACAAUCAAAGAGCACGAGGCUGCCAUCUCUGAUCAUGCCCGCAGCGAGAAGAUUCUCAAGCAAGAACAUUCCGCCACAACAGCUACCCUCGAAAAGCUUCCCAUGGCUCGCGUCAAAACACUCGAAGAAGAAGCCAAAGCCCUCACAACCAAGCUCCAAACCGUCACCUCGGAAAUCUCUUCCUUGCAAUCCGACAUCGAUGCCAAACAACAGAAAAUCUCCGAGCUUGAGCAAGAAGUCUCUGGCCUAAAGCUAGAACUGGAAGGAGAAAGAAAGGGAUACCAUGAUCUUGAAUCCGAACUCCACGAUCUCAAGACCGCACACAGUAACCUCCAAACCUCGAACAAAGACUUUGAAUCCCAAAUUUCCGAACUCAAAUCCAAGCCUGCUGCUCCCGACAACUCAGACAAGCUCAAAGCACUGGAGAAGGAAUUGGCAGACACAAAGAAGAAACUCGAUACCGCUUCUACCGACUCCAAGAAUAAAAAAACCUCCAACGACAACACUGCAAAACUGGAGAAACAGUUGGAGGCACAGAAGAAGGAGAUUGAAAAGGAGAAGGAAGAAGCCAACCAAGGGGUACAGAGAAAAGCUGAGGAAGCAUGGGAGGAGGUUAGUGAAGAUGAAGAUGAGGAUGAAGAUGAUGAAGAUGAGGACGAGGAUGAGGAAGAAGAGUAG